AUGCAUGAGUACCACGUGGGAAUUGUUGACGAAUCCUUUCCGUAUGAAGAUAGUGAGCUGGAAUAUCUUCGAAGACGCAGAGUUCAGCGACAUGCCAAAGCCGAUUACUCCAGAGAAAAUCUCUUCCCAAUGCCAAGCUGCAUCCGACUUUGUUCAAACUGGAAAUUUUGGGUUGUCUUAAUAAGUCUUGCCUGUAUUAUUUGCAUCAUUUUUAUUGUUAUUUGGAUAAAUUGGACCAGAUCGCGUUCUGGCAAUGUUUGGGGCGAUGAAGGACCAUUGGGGCCGGAGCAACCCCCAGCAGUUUGCUAUAAAUGCAGCAAUUAUGCUCACAUUAUGGAUGGCCGAGAGUUAAACUCUAAUAUUGAUAUUGAGCGUGGAGAAGGAGGAGGCGCAGAGGUUGGAGGAGCUCUAGGAAUAGCCGUGGAAAUCGAGGGUCCACGUCAGGAACUCUGUCAGGAGGUCGUGAAUCGAACAGCACUGGCAGAAACACAAGUGCUUAGUAAUGAUGACUGUGGAGAUAGUUUGUACAAUGGUUGUUUCAAAAUGAUCACAAAGACCUAUCGCAUGACCUCAAAUAUUGGACAUGAGCUGUUGAGUGUUACAAUUGUGACAAGAAAUUGUGUAGAAAUACCGAAAGGAUUCCCGUUGGGGUGCUAUAAAACAUUCGGUGGAGGAGGAAUGGAAAGAGAAACGUGCUAUUGCAAAGGAAAUUACUGCAAUUCAGCCUUACCAUUACAUAGUUCUCUUCUAUUGCAUUUGUUUUUGUUUACACUCGCCAAACUUUUCCGAUGA